CGCAGUGUGCGUAUCCUGCUACGCAUGCGCACUGAGCACUGUCUAACAGCACCAUCAACAGACUGGGGAACAAGCAGCCAGAAGAGAGGCACAAGCUGGCGUUUUGUUUACCUCCAAAAGAAGAAGAUAACAUUUUCUCAACAUGUCUGGAUUUGACGAGAACCCAUUUGUAGAUGCAGUGGAUGUCAAUCCUUUCCAGGAUGCCUCAGUCACACGAAUCACCAGCGGUGGGAUUGAAACCGUUGAGGAAUUCAACCCAUUCUCAGCCAGUGCUAUGGGCACCCACACUGGGACCACCAUCCCUAUCUCUGCUGCCUCCUCCCAACCAGCUGUCCUACAGGCUUCUGCUGUGGGGCCCACCCCACAAGCUACUGCGGCUGCUGCCCAGGCUAACCUUCUCAGGCAACAGGAGGAGCUGGAGAAGAAAGCUGCUGAACUGGAUCGGAAAGAGCAGGAGCUCCAGAACAGGCCUGGAGGCCACAUUACAAAAGAAAACAACUGGCCGCCACUUCCCAAGUUUUCCCCCAUAAAGCCUUGUUUCUACCAGGACUUCAACGAAGACAUCCCUGAAGAGUACCAGAAGAUAUGCAAGAGGAUGUACUACCUUUGGAUGUUUCACAGUAUCACACUCUUCCUGAACCUUCUGGCCUGCCUGGCCUACUUCACUGCCGAUCCAAACGCGGGGGUGGACUUUGGUCUGUCCAUCCUCUGGUUCGUCCUCUUCACCCCCGUCUCUUUCGUCUGUUGGUACAGGCCAGUGUACAAAGCCUUCAGGUCGGACAGUUCCUUCAGCUUCUUCUUCUUCUUCUUUGUUUUCUUCUUCCAAGUGUCUGUCUACAUCAUCCAGUGUGUGGGGAUCCCCAAGUGGGGGAACAGUGGAUGGAUUUCGUCCAUCACCAUGAUAAGAAGCAACAUGGCUGUAGCUGUGGUGAUGAUGGUUGUGGCCGGUUGCUUCACUGUGAACGCUGUCCUCGCCAUCAUCCUACUCAAAAUGGUCCACUCCAACUAUCGUCGGACGGGGGCCAACUUCACCAAGGCCCAGCAGGAGUUCUCUUCGGGGGUCCUCACCAACCAGACCUUUCAGAGCGCCGCGGCCAGCGCCGCCUCCUCAGCCGCCCAGGGGGCCUUCCAAGGACGCUAGUGAUCCUAAAGCCACAGGGCCAGGUU